AUGAGCGAGGGCUCGCUCAAGUCGCUCACAUUUGAGCCCGCGGUGCUGCCGGGAGUCGGAAUACAGGAGAUAACGGAGAUCAGCUACAUCAACUCACGGCCCCCCCAGACCGCCCCUUCCCAAUCUAUCCCCCUCCCAGCACUCACCGAGGUCAACUGCGUCAUACCGGGCCACUCGCUCAUCGACGGGCGGGGAUGGGCAACACCAGCGGUCGAGGUCGUGUCUGCACCAUACGACACUGCCCAGGUGGCCGACAUCCGACCAUUCGUCGCCACAUCAAGGUCCCUCGUCGAGCUGGAGACGCCUCUGCUGCUGCCGCCGUCGGACCUGGCGCAGCUCAUGGAGAGCAUUCCUCUGGGGCAGCGGGGGAGUCCAGGGCCUCUCGCGCGCCUUCGGACGAUUCCCUCCAUCAAACUCUACGGGAUGGAGUCGGAUGUCGUCAGGGAGGGGCUAGAAAGACUCAAGGUGACACAGAACGAGAGAAGGGGCACAGAAUGGAGGGCAGGGAAGGGGAAAGGGAAGCCAUGACAUCAAUGCGUUCUGCUUCGCAUGAUGCUCUUCUUUCAGAGGUGUUUGUGUGAUCGCGGCUGCUCGAAGUCUCUGAAGGAGCUGGGCAUCGUGGUCCACCGCAGUGACUGCCACUCGGUGUUUCUCAAGGCAGACACCCACGGGACAUUCAAGGCCCUGGGCAACCUCAUCGACAGAGUGUGCCUGCCAUCGGGCUACCGGGGCCCGUCGUAUGGCAGGGUGAAUUGCCACAUUCGCACAGACGGACAGCAGGGAGAGGAUGUCCCCAUGGACCAUCGGCUCGGCUACCUCCGGUGGGACCUCACCCAGUCCCCCCGCUGCCAUUAUCGGCUCCUGUGGGCGUUGCUGCGCGCAUACCACAUGGAGUAUGAUGAUGCCGACUGUGACGAGCAGGACUGCCCAUCAUUCUGGACGUCUCCAAGGCCACCGUGCCAGCUCGUGUGGAGGAUCACGCCAGCAGACCUCGACCCAUUGGAGCAAGAGGAGGGGGACAGACGGGCGGGGCCCCAUGCCUGCCGGAUGAUGUUCUCGUGGCGCAGGACCUGCAGCGUGUCCAUCCAGUGUGCGGACGGCUGGACGCCACCAGCCAACGCUGUCCUGCCGUCGCAUCCCGAGCUACGGAUCUUCCGCCCGGGACAGAUGGGGAUUCUGCACAACCUGACGGUCAAGAGCCGCAUUGGGCUGGGGGCAGCUCGCGUCCUGAUCUCCAGGGGGGUGGAGCUCCAGAGCCUGCAGGUGAUGGACAUGGACGACACCGACGUGAUGGGCUUCCUCACCUGCCUGACUGCAUGGAAGAUGCCGAGUCAGCUGGUGCUCGGCUCGGUGCAGCCAGGGGCUGGGAUGCCUGUGCCGUUCUACCACGGCAGCCUGCGCAAAGCCAAGAUGCUGACGGCCAGCGGAGACGGAGCCAUGGGCGUGGCGGCAGCCCUGCGCCAGCAGAUGGCAUCGCUGGAUAUGCUUGCCAUGUCUGGCGGCGAGGCGGGCGUGCGCCAGGUGCUGACCAAUGGGGGCCGUGAGGGGAUCGGGCAGCUGCGUCUCGGCUUCAUGGCUGAGGGUGACCCCGAGCUCAUCGAGGCUGAGGACGAGAGGGAGGGCAUCAGAUUGGGGACCACAAGGACGAGAUGCCACCCAUCGACACCGUAGAAAUCCACCUGCACG